AUGGCCGUAUUUGGAACUGAUGAAUAUGAAUUCAAAAUGUUCGGCACUACGGUGACUGUACCAAAUGCAGAUAUUGCCAAAAUAAUGCAUUAUUUAGAUUGUAUAUGUACCGUUAUUGAUUACAAUGAUAAUGACAUUAAUCGAUAUCGAAAGUAUUCAAAUUGGGCUAAUAUGUCGAAUUAUGAAGAUCGUUUGAUUUAUUUACUGGCUUUAGCACUGUCGCCAGAUGAAUUAGAAGACAAAGUCUUUUUUGAGUCAACAGAAUUGUGCCCUACAACGAACAACCAAUUUUAUGAAAUUGGUCAGAUUAAAAAUCUGUUAGUGGUUGCUCCAUCAAUUAUCAUCGGUGGUCGAUCGUGCCAAGUAAAAAAAAUUAUGACAUAUGAACCAAUUUGGCUACAGAGAAAUUAUUAUGAACCAAUGCUAAGACUACAAAGACGGUUUAGUCCAGGUGAUGACGACGACGACGACGACGAUGAUGAUGAUGAUAAUAAUAACUAUACAACGUCAUCGAGCACUUGUGUUAUUUCUUAA